UAUAAACGAUUGAUGUUCGACUUAACUUCUGAUACCUGAUCGUACUUUGAAAAAGUAAACAAUCUUAAUGGAUAAAAAAUGUAAGGAACUGAAAGCUAAAGAAGUUUGGCAAGUUUGGCAUCAACAUAUAAAGGAAAAUGAUGAGGCCAGAAUGAAAGAAGAUUCCAAGAAAAAUACUCAAAUCAGAAGUCUGCUUACAGACGUCGGAUCUGAAUCAAGCAUUCACGGGAUUUCCCGAAUAGUGUCAGAUCGGCCGAUAUACCUACGCUUGUUAUGGCUAAUUGCCUUUCUUGUGGCACUGUCGUUCGGGUUAUACCAAGUCUCUACAAUUAUACAUUUAUUUUUGAAAUACUCUGUCAAAACCAAUGUAGAGGUUCGGUAUAGUCCUAUUGCAUUUCCAGCAAUAACCAUAUGUAAUAUGAAUAUCAUAAAGAAAUCCGAGUCUGAUAACCUUGGAAAUCAAAAUUUACAGCGCAUUUUGAACGGAUCAUAUUCUUAUUCAACAACGCUACCAACAUUGAUACAAACUUCAACUACGACAACACCUCCUGAUACUCAACACCCUACAUCUACUACAACUCGCAGUUCUAUCCUGAAUUUACCGAAUAUAAUACCGAAUGUAAUACCGGCUACAGUCGUUACCCCAGACUUGAAUUUGAACUUGUCAGCAUUGUCUGAUGGGAAUACCUGGUCAGAUUUUUAUGGCAGUAGUGACCAAUUAUAUCCUGAACCAGGGGAGUUUCAGGAAGAUUACAUUGCUUACCAGACUUUCAUAGAGGAAUAUCAGAAGCUUGAGAGAAACAUAAAAGUGCAUGCAGGACACAAAAUUGAAAAUAUGCUUCUGGAAUGUACUUACGCUGGACAAAGUUGUGAAAGACCAUCGAAGAAUAUUGUUACACCUGACUAUGGUAAUUGCUACACUCUUCAGUCUCGAAGAUAUAUUUCUGGAACAAGCGGACCACUAGGAGGAAUGACACUAACCAUAAAUCUGGAGAAUCACGAAGCAAUUGAGAAAAUGACUGAGGGUUUUGGACUACGACUGGCUUUACAUGAAGUUGGUAGCUUUCCGUUACCUCUGGAGAAAGGCAUGACAAUUUCGGGAGGAUUUGAAACAUCAGUAGCACUUAAAUUGAAGACAAUACAGAGAAAGGGGCCCCCGUAUGGGGACUGUGAAGAUCCAGUAGAAUAUUUUAAAAAACAUCUUGUUCGUUACACAACACAGGGUUGCAUACAAACAUGUUGGGAAACUCAUGUCACAGCACAUUGUGGUUGUAUUGCUGGCUAUUUGACAUCAGAAAUUCACUUCUUCACAGAUCAUAAAUUAAAUGUGACAGAAAUACCCAAUUCAACUGUCACUGGAUGCUAUACAACAGAAGAGAAGGAUUGUUUUGCAAAACUACGACGUGAUUUUCUCACGAGUGUAUCUACAUAUUGCACAUGUCCGCCUCCAUGUUUUGAAAAUGUCUAUACAACGUCAUUUUCCGGAGCGAUAUGGCCACACGAGACAAAGUUAGCGGAGCUAAAAAAUACAUCGUGUGCAAGGUAUGAGAAUAGCACAGCAUGCAGACUUGAUAUGUUGACAAGUUCUACUCUCAGGACAAAUUUCCUGAAACUUCAUAUCUACUUUGAAGAACUUAACUAUGAACAGAUUGUGGAAGAACCUAUGUAUGACAUAACCCAAGUGAUUUCUGAUAUUGGUGGUUCUUUAGGACUGUGUAUCGGAGUCUCAUUAUUAUGUGUUUUUGAAGCAGUAGAAGCUAUUGUAGGAGUUUUAUUGGCGCUGAAGAGAAAAAUACAAGGACAGACACGCGUUAAAGCACAAUUUAAUUAAUCAUUCAAAAUAAUUAUCUACCAAUAUAAGGUGGACUAUCUGACAAAUUUUAUUAGGAAUUACUUUAGAAUUAUCUGAAACCUGACCCUGCCAAUGGGUCUCAUCAUUUAGCGUUCUUAGUCGAUCGUCAAACAUGGGAAGUCUACUUUUUGUAAAUAUAGUAUUCCAGUUGUAGAAUUUCAGGAACAUCUGGAUGCACCUGUACCAAACUAUGAUACUUAACAAAAACGUUAAGACUGGCAAGAUGUGGAGAAACAUGUUAUUUCACCUACAAACACAUUUUCUGGCAACAGAUUGACCUUUAUUGACAUAUAUCUUUUUUUUAAAUGACUUACCUUAUGUAGUUAAUAAAAAUGUAUAAAGAUGUUAGAAUUGUAUAAGAAAUCUAAGUAAAGAUACGGUAAUUUGGUGAGAAAGUCAAGAUACGAUAGUUUGGUGAGAGAGUCAAGAUACGAUAGUUUGGUAAGAGAGUCAAGAUACGAUAGUUUGGUGAAAGAGUCAAGAUACGAUAUUUUGACGAGAGAGUCAACAUACGAUAGUUUAAUGACAGAGUCAAGAUGCGAUAGUUUGGUGACAGAUAUUAUUUUUCAUCGUACCUGCACUCAUUUUCUUUAGGUCAGUGACGAAGGUUUUUUUUGUAAAUGUCAAACUUAAAGCGUUACACCCCGGAAAUUUUUUGCUACAAUGUUGGAAUAUAUUUUUCUAUAAGAAGCACAUAUUGCUACCAUUUUUGGAAAUAAGAACUAACUUACCAUGAUACUUUAUCUGAUAUAAAAACACCACAUAUAAAGUAUCAAACAAUAGACUGACCAUGGGUCAAAGGAAAGUCCUCAUCUUUUAUUGAAAUAGCCCUUAUACAGUUAUGUACACUUAUAGGGUCGUACAUCCUGUUGGUGCCUUAUUAUGACGUCUUCACACAAAAUUUGUUGGACAUGUAUCCCCGCAACAUUAUCUCUCUACAUCUACAUAAUACUUUUAACUGAGUUUAGCUACAAACUGUGAAUCACAACUAUACAGGAACAAUUCUGUCAUUUAAAUCUACAUGGUUUUUUUCUAAUCAAGGAAAACAGAUUUUGCUUACUCUUACUAAAUUUAUGCUAUGGACAAUUACUGUUUUUAGAUAAACCUUGAAAUUUUGUACAUUUGUUCUUUUUUGUUGUUACUUGUUUUAAUUCAAUGAGUAAUUAACAAAUACAUUUUAUUGUUUCUUGUGAAGAAUGUAAAAAAUUGAAGAUAAUUGUAAAUUAAAGGGGCAUUAGCUACGAGAUAUAAAAACAAUUAAAAUAUGAUUUUUUUUUGGUUCAAUCAUUAAUGAUAGUGAAAUAAUGAAAACUAGGCGUUUUCAGCUAUUUAAUGGAACAGAAUUUCAACAUUGAAAGUGAAACCAGGAUAAACCAUUUGGUUGAUUAAUACGAUUCACAACACAAAACCUCAUUCUUAUACAGGUAAAAACGAUGAUUAACAUUUUUUGUUAACCUAUAAUAUGAAUUCAGACAGACCUAGAAAAAUCCAAUUGCACAUGUUCGCUAUCUAUUUAUAUCUAUAUCUAUGUGUAUAUCGGGUUAUAUGACCGUCGGCAGUCUUCGGAGGUCACCUCGAUGGUUAAUUAGAUGGCGUCUAGACUAAAAUACACACAAAAAGCUGAUACAUAUUAUAGGGUCCAUGCAUCGUAAAUUGUUUAUUUCAGACUUUUCAUAAAUUGGAUAUACGUUUUAGUAUGUUAUAAAUCAAAUAUGAGAAUUUGAGUCAAUCAAGUUGGUGAACAUGAAUUUGACAGCUAAUGCCCAUUUAAAGGAAUUAGUGAAAUGUAUAAUGAUAGAAACAACUAUAAAUG